AUGAUAACUUGAUCUCAAUUAGCAUUUUCAGACAUAAACUCUCCUAUUAUAGAACAAAUAGUUUUUUUUCAUGAUUAUUCAAUAAUAAUUAUUUUAAUUAUUACAAUUAUUACAAUUUAUAUAAUUAUUAAUAUCAUAACAAACAACUUUAUUAGUCGUUCUUUAAUGGAAGGUCAAGAAAUUGAAAUUAUUUGAACAAUUAUUCCAGCUUUAACUUUAAUUUUUAUUGCAAUCCCUUCUCUUUAUUUACUUUAUCUCACAGAUGAGACAUUUAACAAUCAAAUUUCAAUUAAAGUUUUAGGCCAUCAAUGGUAUUGAUCUUAUGAAUAUUCAGAUUUUAACAAAGAAUUUGAUUCCUUCAUAAUUCCAGAAAGAGAAAUAAUAAAAAAAACUUUUCGAUUAUUAGAUACAGAUAACAAUUUAGUUCUUCCUAUUAAUACUAAUAUUAAAUAUUUAAUUUCAUCAAUAGAUGUAAUUCAUUCUUGGACUAUUCCAUCACUAGGAUUAAAAAUAGAUGCAAUUCCUGGGCGUCUUAAUCAAUCUUUUUCAAUAUCAAGACGUCCAGGAUUAUUUUAUGGUCAAUGUUCUGAAAUUUGCGGUGCUAAUCAUAGAUUUAUGCCAAUUUCAUUAGAACUAACUUCAAUACUUAAUUUUAUUAAAUUUAUUAAUUCCU